AUACUUCUCUCCUUCUGUGUACAUGAUCUUUUUGAUAUUUAUAAUUCUUAUAACGUGAUAACAUUAGAUAAUGGACAACGUACAGAAUAAAACAGUAAUUGUUACGGGGGCCGGGUCUGGCAUUGGUUACCAAAUUACCGAAGAAUUGUUGCGUAAAGGCGCGAAGAAAAUUGCCAUCAUCGAUUUGCCAGUAGCGCGUAGUUAUGAUGCGACAGUGACUCUGCAAGAAAAAUUCGGAAAAGACCGUGUCAUUCUUUUUCCAAUUGAUGUGACAAACUUGGAAGUGUACAGUGAAACCUUCAAGCAAAUUGUUAAGGCUCUCAACGGACUUGACAUACUUAUUAACAAUGCUGGAAUAAUACAUGACCGUUGUAUCGAGCAAACGUUUGCUGUUAACGUUAUAGCACUAAUUCGGGGCUCGUUGUUGGGGCUAGAUUAUAUGGGCAAACAUAAAGGUGGCAAAGGAGGUACCAUAGUAAAUAUGGCGUCAAUAGCUGGUAUUCGUACUACCGGUGUAUAUCCAGUGUACAGUUCUUCUAAAUUUGCUAUCGUUGGAUUUGGCAGGAAUCUUGAGAAAUUAUAUGAUAAAACGGGAGUUCGUAUUCUAACGAUGUGUCCUAGUCUUACAUCAACACCAAUGCAGGUGGCUACUGAUCUCUCUGAAGAAAGAACUCUCGAUAUUAUUGAUGAAGAGGUCCUUAAAAAUCUGAUGAUAAACGUUAAACAGGAGCCUCAAUCUGUUGUGCAUGUAGGACAAUCUGUGGUCAUGGCUAUUCAAAAAGGUGAAAAUGGAUCAAUCUGGGUUAUUGCGAAUAAUGAACCAGCAUAUCCGGUCAAAUUACCACCGUUUGUCACCGCUUAGAUGUUAAAAAAUUCUUCAAACAGAUCAAAAUCUUUUGAUCUCUUCUGCGAAAUAGCAGAAAGUGAGAAAAAAAACUAUAUUCUCAUUCCGAAAUAUAUUAAUUACCAGAGCGUAUAUCGACACAUACAAACGGAAUACUAUGAAUAGUAAAUAAUCAAAUAAUUCUCAUAAAAAAUGUAACGUCUCAGUUCUUGAUUGUAAUGCAACGCAAAAGAAAAAUAAAUUCCCACUAACAGCGAGAGAGAAAAACGACAUAUUGAUAUUAAAAAAUAAAAAUAAGUAAAAAUUUUAAAUAAUAACACGUACAUUAUAAUAUAUUUAUGAUCAUAUUUAUGGUUUUAAACAAAUACACCUUUAUUACUCUAUGAAUACGCGCGCGCUGCUUAUUUUAAUAAUUUAUACAUUAACAAUACAAAAACAUACAAAAACAGUGCAAUAAAGAAACACUCUGUGCAGCCGUGACAAAAA